ACCUCCCUCCCCCCACGGUCCAAGUGUUUGUCGGUUAAAUCAGUUUGUUUGUCUGCGUUUCUGGUUGGCGGGCUGUGCAAUGCCUGUCCAUAGCCGUUUGCUGAGGUAGACGCCAAUUCGACAUGUCACACCAGCCUCCUUUAAAACCGGAUGUCCCAUCCUCACUCGCCGUGCUCGGUUUGAGUUUGUCCGCAUCACCUAUGCCUUUUGCUCGCGGGACGAGACUCUUUACCAAACGAUGAGCGUCACGAACCCCCGGCCGAGCCGCCUUGGCAUCCGUUCGCUGGCAAAGAAGUCGUUCCGUUUGGUGAGCAAGCUCAGGAGCAGGACAUGCCGAGCCCGACCCGGCAGCGUCAUGCCCAGCAUCCACGCCAUCACGACGGCCGAGACGCUCAGCAGCAGCGACUCGCUCGACGCCCUGCGCCGCUCGCCUCGGUCAGAUGGCGGAAACUACAGCGCCUCCUUCGAGGACUUCUGGAGCGGCAUCUCCCUCGACUGCGACAGCACCCAGCCGAACCUCGCGAUGGACGACCAGCUCGCGACGGGCUUCUUCGGAAAGCUGCCCGAGGAGGUUCGGGAGAUGAUAUACCAGGAGCUCUGGCGCGCGGCCGGCCUGGGCCAGCACGUCAUCCGCACGCAGGCCGGGUACGCCCACUCCCGGUGCUUGUUCGAUCGACCCGGCGCCACGGCCGCGGACGGCGAGGAGCCGUGGGAGUUCAACUGGAUGGCGCCCGACGCGCACGGGCCGGGACCGCUCUGGUACAAGCGGGAGAUGUCGACCUGGUGCGACCACUGGAAGUGCGAGGAGUCGAGAGAGGAAAGGGAGAUAUGGCGGGACAUUGCGAGGGGCCGGACGGGCCGCUCGGUUCCUUGCGAAACGUGGACAGCGUUCUUACCCAUGAUGUUGACCUGUAAACGAAUGUACUCGGAAUGCGCUUCUUCGAUCUACGAUUCCGUGGCCUUCGCCAUCACCGACAUCGCCCUGGCACGGAACCUCUUCGGCGCGCGGCAUCGGGGGCCCGCCGGCCACCGGCUCCGGCGCGUCAACCUCUCGUUCCGGCGGCAGGCCGACGAGGGCAGCAGCUUCGAGCAGUGGGUCGACUCGUGGAGCGCCGUCCUCCGGCUCCUCGACACCCCGGGCCUGGCGACGGUGAACCUCUGGCUGGACAGCGACCGGCACUGGCUGUCGGUGACGGCCAACGUGCUCCGCCGGGUGCCGGAGGCGCUGGCCCACAAGGUUGCCGUCAGCCUGCCGCCGGACGGACACGGAGACAGGACGGCGACGGCGGCGGCGGCGGCGGCGGCGCGGCCGUGUGGCUGAGGAACGUGGGGGGUGAGAUGCCGUGGGCAGAGUUCGUCGGGCGGAGCACGAGGCGGAGGAGGCGAAGUAUUUCGGCGUGAGACGGGUGCGAGAUUAACUUUGCGAGAUGGAUGGGUCUAGAGAUCGAGGUUAUCCUGAGAGGGCAUGUGAGAUUGGCCCAAUGAGAUGGAGAGUUACAGAGCCGUGUAAGUGUGUGUGUGUGUG